AGUAUAGUAUUUUAUGCUAAUACAACACUCACCCAUCAUCCAUCUAGUCUUGAUUAAUAGACUUGGUGUCCUUGAGCAACACUAGACACUUGUUUUAUGAUCAAUAAACCAAAAGCACGGAUGUAUCGGUGUAAUCUGGGCUACCCCGCUUCCCUCCCUUGAUCUCAUUAGAUCGCACACUUGCUCGGAUUAUGUUUGUGUAGGGGAUUAUUGGACAGGAACAGCAGACAUGACUUUGGACGUGCUUUCUGCAUGCGGUUUCACGAGUUUCCACUCGAGUACUCAUCACGGCACACUGAUUUACCUCAGCCUCGAAUACCCUGACCUGUUUCCUCACACCUGACGGUCUUGGGCAUCAUGGCAGACAUUCCCCAGCUGAUUAAAAUCGGCGUUUCGCUGAAAACCACCCCGAAUAACGGACCCGUGUUCUUCAAAUCGGACGGGACGAGAUUCGGUCAGAGCAGAACCAUCAAAUUACUGACGGGAACGAAAUACAAGGUCGACGUGGUCGUUAAACCGGGAGCAGUCGAGGCGACAUCCAUGACCGUCGGUGGCGUGACGUUCCCAUUGGAGCAACAGUCGAAAGACCCUCAGUCUGUAGUGUACACUGGGAUGUAUGACACCGAGGGAGUAACACACACCAAAAGUGGAGAAAGGCAACCUGUUCAAGUCAACAUACAGUUCACUCGGGCUGGUCUUUUCGAGACCGUCUGGCAGGUCAAGUUCUACAACUACAAUAAGAGGGACCAUUGCCAAUGGGGGAACAGCUUCAACAGCAUCGAGUACGAGUGCAAGCCCAACGACACGCGCACACUCAUGUGGAUCAACAAAGAGCUGUUUCUGUGAAAGUGUGUGUGUGAAGACAAUCUUACGAAGAGCUUGAAACUUCACCACUGUCCUAGAAACAAGAUUGAGCGGAUAGCCUUUCCUAAGGACGUAUUAAAGUAGCGAUUGUGAUUAAGUAAACGUUUUAUUAGAUUUGUCUGCUGGAGAAUCAGAUCACUGUAUUUGUCUGUUGUAGUGUUUGUCUUUUUUUGCUGUUCCUUCCAGUCGUCUACCUCUGAAGAACCUCGUAAGGAUGAAGUUUACUUUUAUAAACGAGUUUACAGAUUUUAUAUAGAUUUUAUGAUAUAAUUGUUAUUAUACCGUUUGUUAAUGUAGCAUUUUCAUAGUAAAUUUUACUUAUAUGAAUAUACCUUCUGUAGUAUGUAUUUUUAUGAGUAUUUUGUCACGGUGCAUUGUGAUAUAUGUGCAAUAAUUGUUAGUGGAUGUAUUUUUCCAUAUUUUUGCAAUUUUCAAAACGGCAAUAUUCUAUCAAAUAAAAAACAAAAAUGCAAUGUGAUAUAACAAUAUAUUAUAUAAUCGAGUGGUCUUGAACUUUAUACUGACACUCAUUCCUGUGUAUUUUAUAGUGGACUUCACAGUGCAGUGGCUGAUUUAGCUCAGAAUGUCCUCCCUGUUAAAUCAGACAAACCUAGUGAUUGUGAAAUGAAUUCAUACUUAAAGUUGAAGUAUUGCAUUUAAAGUACUUUGGUAAUGUUUUAUAUAUUGUUUCCCAUUUAAAUCCAGUUCAUAUUAAAGUAAUAAUGUAAUUAUUUUGCCCACCCUGGUAUUAUUUUGUACAUUCUGUUAUUAUUUUGCCCACCCUGUAAUUAUUUUGUACAUUUAUUAUUUUGCCCACCCUGUUAUUAUUUUGUCCACAGUUAUUAUUUUGCCAACCCUGUAAUUAUUUUGUCCACCUUGUUAUUAUUUUACCUACCCUGUUAUUAUUUUGCCAACCCUGUUAUUAUUUUGCCAACCCUGUUAUUAUUUUGCCCACCCUGUAAUUAUUUUGUCCACAGUUAUUAUUUUGUCCACUCUGUUAUUAUUUUGCCAAACUGUUAUUAUUUUGUCCACAAUUAUUAUUUUGCCCACCCUGUUAUUAUUUUGUCCACUCUGUUAUUAUUUUGCCC